AGGGGAGCUCCGUCAGCGUGAGGGGCUGAGGGAGAGCAAAGCCCCCUUCUUCCCCCGCCGCCCCCGUGCCUCUUUCCCACCGCAGGGAGAGAGCUUCCUUCUCUGAAACCCAUCCCUGGAGGGGAGAGGGAUCCCCCUGCCCGCACCCCUGCCCAGCCGGGCGCCGCUGCCCUUUGCUCCCCGUCAAGCGGAGGGUGGUGGGGCUGGACCAGGGUGAACUCCUCUCCGAGUCCUUCGGCCUGUGAAACUCCCGCCAUGGCUGGCGGUGGGGUCGGGACCUCGCUGCUGCUGAUGGCCGGCAUCAUGGGAGCGGUGGGGCUGUGCAGGAGAGUAACCCGCCGCCGGCUGCGCUCCCACCAGCGCCUUUGCACUUUUCUUUUGGAGAUGUUUAGCACCUUCCAGAUUUGCGCCUGCACGAACGAGCUCUGCCUGCUCGGCAAUGUGGAGCCCAAGCCACAUACCGCCCUGACUCUCACCUACGGUUUCACCGUCCUGCACGGCUUGACUCUGACUGGCAGCACAUGCAAUCCCUGUGGCACCUUGCAGCCCAUGUGGGGCGGUGGGUUAUCGGUCAGGAUGGGUGGACUCAAGAUCGGUGCUCAGUUCGUGGCUGCAGCGCUUGCCAGAAUGUUUAUGCGCUUUAUCUGGAGCCUGGAGAUGGCAGAGGCACAUUUUGGAGCACCCUCCCAGGGCUGCAGCAACCCCAUGCAGACUACGGAGGUGCAGGCAUUCUGCAUAGAACUGCUCUUUUCCGUCGUUUUCCAGCUGACCGUCCUGCGAGCAGAAAGUGUUAAUCCCAAAUACAAAGUCCAUUUGAUUGCUCUUCUCAUCACCAUGCUCGUGUAUGCAGGUGGAAAUCUCACAGGAGCAAUAUUUAACCCAGCACUGGCUUUUUCAUUACAUGCAAAUUGUUUCUAUGACAAAUUUUUGAGUUACUCACUGGUAUAUUGGAUAGCACCAUCCUUAGGUACAAUACUUGUGGCUUUCAUAUGGGAUGAAAUCCUUCCUCGGAUCUCCUGAGACAUCCAAUUCUGAAAUCUAGCAGUACUACGUUAAAAUAUACUUUCAACAUCUGCAAACGUGAAGCUUUCAGAAAACUGUUGAUGUCAACCUCCACGCCACCUUUCAGUUGUAUUUUCAGAUUUCGCGUUUGAAAUAUUUGACUUAACACUUUGUAUUCAAAUACUUAUUUUGUAAUAGCAUAUUGGGAUUUUGAGAAUAUCUGCCGACGUUUUCAGUUAAGCCAUAUGAAUGUGAAGGACUGUUAAAACAUCGCAACUUUGUCACUUUAGCCAUAAGUGCCGUUUGCUGACCUUUAUUACAACAGCAUGCAAAACUAAUUUUAGAGAAACACCCAGUCCUUUCAAGGUUUGAUUUUAUUGGAUUUCUUCCCAUAGAAGGUACCUGCAAAAAAGGAGCUGAAGAUUUCAUUCUUUAUAGUGACCUCAUCAUCUUCCUACUUGGAAUAUACGUACCUCCGAGAGGAAGAAAGGCUCCACUGCUCCCUAGAAGAGUCUCUACAGCUCUGUUCUAGAGGUACCCUACACCAAAAGUGUAAAAAUCUGUAGGACCAGCAUUGUUUUAAUAAUACCCGAGCGCAGGUAAGUAACCCCUCGCUUCCUUUCCAGAGGCUCUGCCCCAUCCUGUCUCAGUAUAGCCCACUGAGUAGUUUGUCUUGGUUGGAAAGUGGUAAUAAAGUACCAUAAAAUUCUGUAGACACACACAUAAGAGUGCAUUUUAAGCAAAAAAAAAAAAACCCAAAACCUAUAUCCAAGAUUACCACUGCCUCUUCACAUAGUAAAACUGACAGAGUAUGUAGGGAUAAAUCACGCAGAACUUGAUUUGUUCUUGAUUUUAUGUAACUCUUACCAGAUGUUUUUCUGGAAAUAAAUGAAUUUGCAAUGUAAGAGAAUAAAUAACAGAGCUAAAACCACAGGAAAGCUGCGUACCCAAAGUGGCACAAACAUGCCCUUUAUAGCAGUAGCUGAGGUGAAGAGCACCGACAGGGACCAUCCUCUGAAGUUCGGUUUCUUCUCCUGAGUUUCUUCUCCUGGGUGCCUCUGAAUUUUUAUACAUACCAAAAUACACUUUUCAAAUUUAAGAUCUAAUUCAGUUUUUCGCUUUACUGGCACUGGGUUUGAAAGGCGAGAUGGUUAACAAGUUCUACAAAGAUCUCAGUAGUAGGCCCCUCAACCCAAGUCACCUGGCAGACCAUAGUCUAAGAGAAAGGGAGGGAAUCGGGGGUUUUCACAGUAAAAUUAUGAACCGAGUCUUAAGCAGCUACUGUUGUCAGCUCUUUUUUUUGCAAGAAUUCGGGAAGUAAAUAUUUUCAUGUAAUUUCAUACUGUUGCAAUAAAAAUCUUUUCCUCGUUUUAAUUUUCCAAGGUACCUUUAAGAUUACAUUGCAAAAUGAAACCUACUGUUGGAAUGUGCUUUUCAGAGAAAAAAAUCUUACCCGUGACUGCGUAUUCAGUCAUUAAAAUAAAAAAGUAGCCCGCCAAUAGACGGAAGAGAACUAGAAGUGCCGGGUUAUCGUUCAGCAGCUCUUUGAUGCUGGUGUGAGCAGGCCUACUAAAGCUAACUUCUCUUUGGUAAAACUCUUCACGGCAAGGACUACGCCCCACCCCACCGUGAGCCUGACCAGAUGCGGGCCUUUAGCUGGCUUUACGUUCAUCCGCUUAUUUAUAGCGGGGCCACGGAGAGCUGCUGGAACAGCAAUCCAAUGCGUGAGACCUCUGCAAAACAUGUACUUUUAUACCAUGUGCUGCUUCUAAAACAUGCUUUGGGAAGGUUCUACCUGUCACUUUCUUGCUUUUUAUCCCUUUUACUGAUUUUUAAAGUGAUCCGUCCCUUUUAGAUUUUUUUUUUCUCCUUGGGACUUUGCCUUUACUGGUGUAAAGCCCAGUUUUUAGCCUCAUUUCUUACAGAGCCUUACCUAAUGAAUUGAUUUGCAUGUCACCUUUGAGCCCACAAGGCCCACAGGGUAAAGGUCUCAAAAAUAAACCUCCAGGAGCAUAAAAAUAGGUGGCCAGGGAAAAAGAGAAAGCACAGAUACAAACCUACGGGCAGCCAAGAUUUGUUGGAUCAGAGGCCCUACUUCCACGUCGUUUUCAACAGCCUGCCAAAACCAAAAUCCAUAAAGCAAGGAGGUCAGAGCUGACUUCUGUAGGUCUACAUUGUUUAUUCUGGCAUAACAAAAGAAAUGGACAGGCCUCAAAUUGACUAAAUCAAGGCAAAAAAAAAAAAAGUAGCAGUAGUGAAAACCGAAACCGUUAGGAACUGAAGAAUUUAACUGGGUUGGGUAGUGCAGACAAAAAUCAGUAUUUUACAUUCACAGUAAUGAAUGCUUGUGAAGUAUAAGUGUUCCCAGAACAUUUACACAUAGCUUAAAUACAAAGUUGUAUUAAAAACAAAACUUCUCAAUCCACACAAGACAUUUCUGGCUUCUUCAGGCCUCAUCCAGGUUUGUUUCUGCCUGACCAGAAUUAAUCUUGCUCUCUUGAUUUGGAGCUCUGCGUUAGGACAAAACAAAUUCUUCCUCUGGAGUUCAUGGAAUGGUUUAGGUUGGAAAAGCCCUUUAAGCUCAUCAAGCCCAACCCUUACCCUCACCCUGCCAUCCCACCACUAAACCCUGACCCUGAGGGGAGCGGGUCCCAGCUGCCAGGGUAUGAGACAGGCAGUCUGCAGUUUAAGAUGAAAAACAACAGAAAGACCACCCUCCGACAACUAAAAUUUGCACCCAAAAAAAAAAAAAAAAACCUCAAACCAGUCUGUUUUAAUGAUGAACGGUGAUUUAGAAUCACGUGAGCUUUCUUUUCUAAACUAUGGUGUUUGGUAGAGUUUAAGUAUUCCUUCGCUGUCCCAAACCCUCACCAGGAGAUUUUUCCAAACCCCAGCAUCACGGUCCCCUCCUUUGUUACUCUGUAUCCCUAACAAAAACAUGCAUACAUUUACAUAAAUAGAUAUACAUAUGCACACAAAGGGGGUAGGAAAGACAUUCUUGUAGAAGAGAGAAGGCUAAUUCUGUCUUACAGGCGCGCUCUGCAAAUGUUCUGCCCUUUUAUUCUCACAUCCAGGUAAACAAUGAAAAUGGCUUCAGCGGACUUUUUUUGUUAUAGACGAGGGCGCUAAAACUCAAGGCACGUCCACUCGGAGCUGCCAGCCGCUUGCUGAAGUAAAGGACCCAGAGCUGCACCACAGUUGGUUGUGAGAUACAAAAAAAUCUUAGUUUAUUUAACAAUGUUGUUACCAUUUAAUACAAAGACACAAAACAGUUCUCUUUUUCAGGACUUUACUCCACCUCCUCUACCACCUGAACUCUGCUCUCAGAGAAAUGAAAGGGAUAGCGCUGAACUGAUAAAGCAGUUACUUGAGGGGCAUUAAAUUUAGCUUUGCUUUUCAUCCUUCUCCGACCUUACUUCCUUUUAACUGAGCUUGUAAUAUUUCUAUUUCCAUUUUACUCCACCGACUCAAUGAACAGGUACAAAAAUAUGGAAAAUUCUAGGACAAUCUAAAAUUCUGUUCUACUUACACUUUUAUUUCUGAAGUCCUAGAAUUCCUACAAAGGCUUCUUUGAAACCACCCCUGAUUAGCCCCAUUCAAGUGUUAGAUGCAAGAGGUUUUAUUGUUUUUUGUUUUUAUUU